UGAAAAACUUGGCGACCUCUCGAAAUUAUAUUACAAAAAGAAAACUCUAAAUUUUUCAUACAUUAUGUUUUGUUUCUUGCGUUCUGGUUUCCUGUUCUUUGUGUUUCCUUGUUUCAAAGGUAACUUAAUAGAAAAAAGGAUCAAUUUUUCUGACGGCAUGAUUCACUAUAUUGGUAAGAAUCGAAAUCCUCUGCUUCUCUUUUUGAUAUAGAUGAUGGUGAACACGACACAUCUCUCUAUUGACCUGUCUGGAAUAAAAUGGUACUUUUUUUUGUUUGGAGUUUCCCGUUUAUAUUAUUAUAAGGCGGGUGAUUUCAGCUCUUCCAUCGGAGAACAUGAACAAUGUUUCCGGCGAUCGCAUUGACGACGGCCUUUCCACCGCCGUCGCAGUCCCUGCCUCUACAACCGUACAAAGUCGCCUCCCACUGAUCGUCCCGUCCGCGUCUACGCCGAUGGGAUCUACGAUCUUUUCCACUUUGGUCACGCUCGAUCUCUCGAACAGGAAUUUUGCAAUAGCUGAUGUUUCUGGAUUCUCCUGCUUCAGUUUUGAUUUUGUAUUUUGUGGAGGGAAAGAGUUUUUGUGUGGUUCUCUCGGAUUCUCUGUCUUUAUUCCGUAAUCGAUUAGAUAAUCACUCAUUUGAGUCAUUCGCUCGAAAUACACAUCUCUUAUCAGCUCAUCUUCACCAAGAACAAAGAAACAUAGCCUAAGAGAAAAAAAAAUAUCGACAUCAAGAUGGUAACGCCAACUACAAGAAUGGUUGAUCUCCGGUCCGACACGGUAACUAAGCCAACUGAGUCAAUGCGUUCAGCGAUGGCAAACGCGAAAGGACGACGUUUUGGGGAGCGAUCCAACUGCCGUGCGUUUGGAGAGAGAGGUGGCGGAGAUCGCCGGAAAAGAUGCGGCGAUGUUUGUUCCCUCGGGAACAAUGUGAAGUGAUUCUUUGAGAUGACUCUCACAUUCACAUAUACGAAAACGGCGGCAUUUCAGGCCUCGGUGGAGUACAUCCUAGGACGGUGAAGAACGAAGAAGACGGGACUAUGGAGUUUGGAUCUCUUGAAGCUGCGGUGAGGAGUCCCAAAGGAGAUCUUCAUUAUCCGCUUACUAAGCUUAUAUGUCUUGAGAACACUCAAGCAAAUUGUGGAGGUAGAUGCUUGCCUAUAGAGUAUAUUGACAAAGUUGGAGAAUUGGCCAAGAAACAUGGCUUGAAGCUUCACAUCGACGGAGCUCGGAUCUUGAACGCUUCUAUUGCACUCCAAGUACCGAUGAAGAGGAUUGUUCGAGCCGCAGAUUCAGCCUCGGUAUGAUUCAUCAAAACACAUGAUCUUAUUCGAUGCGAGUAGAUUUGUUUGUCGAAGGGUGUAGGUGCACCGGUCGGUUCGGUCAUCGUGGGAAGCCAAAGGUUCAUCACUAAAGCAAGGUGGUUAAGGAAAACAUUAGGCGGAGGAAUGAGACAGAUCGGUGUGCUCUGCGGCGCGGCAUUGGUGGCUCUACAUGAAAACGUCGCCAAGCUUGACGAUGACCACAAGAAAGCCAAGAUCUUGGCAGAAGGACUGAACCAGAUUGAACGGUUAAGAGUGAACGUUGCAGCAGUGGAAACGAACAUCAAUACUCCUAGAAAGAAGAAUAGUUAUAAUAAUCAUCAAAAAUCAGGCACGAUGAUGACACAAACUUGGAAGCCUGUUUUUGGUUGAAUUGCAACGUCGGUGACACCUCCGAUAAGGACGAACAUGGCUCCAAAGAAAUUAGUCAUGUGUCCUGCUCUUGCUAUUUGAUUUUGUGAUGAAUACUUCACGAUUAAGAUGAUCAAUGUUAUGUUUUUUUUUCUGGGUUGAACGCUCCAGUUCAAUUCACCAUCUCCAACGAAACUUUUUGAAUUUUAGGUUUUGUUUCAGGAAUCAAAAUGUGAAUGUGUGCUAUACUUAAAAAAAAAUACAAAUGUGAAUGUGUGUAGGAAUCUGAACGCUUAAUUUUCCUAGCUUAAUGACUUUCAUUUUUUGAAUUUAUAAUAGAGUUUAAAAUUGUUGCUUUAACUGUU